AAUAUUCCAUGAUCCCUCAACUAGCAAUAGCAUGGCAUACACCAAUAGCUCUCAAACUCACAAUAGCUUACAAUAGCUUAUCAUAUCACACUUCAUAUAUCUCUCUAACUCACAAUAGCUUACACCAAUUUUAAGACACAACGACUCAGUCUCACACACACUCUCUCUUUCUUUCAUCAUUCUUCACCGCCUUAGAAGAAGAUUUCCCAACUCGGUGGGUUUUUGUUUUUCUCAUAUAUUAUAAUAUAAUAAUAGAUAGAUACUGCAACUACAAGCUUCCCACGCUUCCUCUUUCGGUUACUCCGUUAGAUGCAUCAUUCACCGAACAACGCACACGCUACAAACUCAUAAGUGAAAUAUCUCGAAGCGGUGCGAGGAACUUAUUCACGGCGGUUAGUUACCGUUAGAGCUGAAGCAAGCAACCGGAGAUUAGUUAUCAUUUGUAAUUAAGCUGAGUAACGACAACGGAGACGGCGACGACGGAGAAGAAAAGUGAUUCGCACGUGUGUACGUGCAAGAUAACAAAGUGCAGGUUCGUGUGGGUGGGUGGUUAAAAAAAACGGUUAGAGAUCACGGUUAUUUUGUGAAACAAAAAGAAAAAGAAAAAAAAUGCCUCACAGAGCAACUUACUUUUUUCCUAGGCAAUUUCCCGAGAAAAGAUUGGAUGAAUCAUCUUCAAAGAAGAUAUUAGAUCACGAGAAGAAAAAAUUUGUUGGAGUAGUCAAAUCAACGGAUACGACUUUUUGCGUUGAAAGCGACGCGCCGAAAACCUCUUCUGUUUCAGUUGUUGCUAAUAAAGAUGACGUCGUUUUCUCUUCAGUGAAAAACUCUGCUGUUUCCGAUCUUCUUACCGGCGGCGAUAAGUUUCGGAGUGAGCAGAAGCAAAUUGCAGCGUUUUGUGAUUGGUUAGUUGAUAAACGACAUAAUCACCACCAUCGCCGCCGUCAUCAUCAUCAGCACCGGCACCGAUCGGAGGAUGAGGAUCGCGAGGUUCUACUUCCGCAUCCCGAUGAUGUGAAAUCGGCGUCGCCGGAAAAAGAUGCUGUUGAUGUUGAUCGGAGCUUUGAUAGGGAGGUUUCGCUUCCGAGAUUGUCGAGUGGAAGCAGUUACGCUACGAGUUUGUUUGCUUCGGAUGUUACCGUUACUGCUACAUUUUCAAGUGAUGACAUUACGAAAGAAGAUACGUCGUCGUUUCUUGUUUCUACAAAUGAAGUUACAAGAAGGAGUGAACAACAGAAACAGAAAGAAGAAGAUGAAGAACAUCAUGAGGAAGAGAAACGCGAUGGAGAGAACUAUGCUAAGCAGUACAAAGAAAGCUAUGAACUACAAUUAGCUUCAGCGAAGAGGAUUUCUUUUCUGUCAAGUCUUGGUUCUGAACCAUUUCUCACUUUGGAUACUGGAUUAGAAACUUGGGAUGUUGAAUUGGUUUCUCGUCGUUUAUGGGUGACAGGGUGUUUGUCGUACACUGACAAGAUUUCGGACGGAUUUUAUAACAUAUUGGGAAUGAAUCCGUAUUUGUGGGUGAUGUGCAAUGAUAUGGAGGAAGAAGGGAAUUUCCUUCCUACAUUGAUGGCGCUUAAAGCAGUUGAACCCAAUGAGAGUUCAUUGGAAGUGAUUCUUAUUGAUAGACAUGAGGAUUCUCGUCUUAAGGUGCUUCAAGAUAAAGCUCGAGAACUAUAUUCUGCUUCUGAGAAUGCCUUGGUGCUCGUUGAGAAGCUCGGAAAACUUGUUGCUAUAUUUAUGGGGGGCACCUUCCCUGUGGAGCAAGGGGAUAUGCAAAAGAGGUGGGAGAUGGUUAGUAAGCGGUUGAGGAAUUUUCAUCAGUGUGUUGUGCUUCCCAUUGGUAGUUUGUCCACGGGACUCUGUAGGCAUCGUGCGAUUCUCUUCAAGAGAUUGGCAGAUUAUAUAGGCUUGCCAUGCCGCAUAGCUCGAGGUUGCAGGUACUGUGCUUCGGAUCAUCAAUCAUCUAUUCUUGUGAAGAUUAAAGAUGACAGGCAACUGUCAAGGGAGUAUGUUGUUGACCUGGUUGGGGAACCAGGAAAUAUUUUUGGGCCAGAUUCAUCAAUUAAUGGAGCAUAUGUGUCUUCCAUACCUUCCCCAUUUCAAAUUUCUCAUUUGAGAGAUUCUCAAUCGCCCUAUGUGGAUGAUGCAGCAUCUCCUCAAGUGAUAUGUUUUAAUCAGAAUUCUCCCAACAAUCACCUGUAUUCAGGCCAUCUACAGGAAGAUCAACAACAUAAAGAAACUGAUUUGUACAAAAAUAAUAAUAAUGUCUUCAAUUAUGCUUCAGUUGAUCAAACUUGUGGAGGUGUUUCUCAAGCUCUUCGCCCAGCCUCUGAAGCAUUAUUACAUGAAAUUCCAUUUGUUGGUAAAGAUCCAGUUGUAGUCAAAGAAAUUUCUUACAAUGAGAUCAUUGCAAAUGGAAGUUCGGUGGUAAAUGGUAUCCAGUCAAAGCUGGAACAGGUAGACAAUAGGCUUGAAAACCAGGGUGCUGGGGAUAUUCCAAAAUAUGUGAAUCUUGAACCAUCACUAGCAAUGGACUGGCUUGAAAUAUCAUGGGAUGAGUUACGGAUCAAAGAGCGCAUUGGUGCUGGAUCAUUUGGGACAGUGUAUCGUGCUGAAUGGCAUGGAUCAGAUGUUGCUGUCAAAGUUUUAUCGGUUCAGAAUUUCCAUGAUGAUCAGUUGAAAGAGUUUUUGAGAGAGGUUGCAAUAAUGAAACGUGUUCGCCAUCCAAAUGUGGUGCUCUUCAUGGGUGCGGUUACAAAACGGCCCCAUCUAUCUAUAGUGACAGAGUAUUUGCCUAGAGGUAGUUUAUUCCGCCUGAUACAUAGGCCAGCAACUAGUGAAAUUAAGGAUCCAAGGAGAAGAUUACGAAUGGCUAUAGACGUGGCUAAAGGGAUCAAUUAUCUUCACUGUCUGAAGCCUCCAAUCGUGCACUGGGAUCUCAAAUCCCCGAACCUGUUGGUAGACAAAAAUUGGAAUGUAAAGGUGUGUGAUUUUGGGUUGUCCAGAUUUAAAGCAAACACUUUCUUGUCAUCAAAAUCUGUUGCUGGAACACCUGAGUGGAUGGCUCCCGAAUUUCUUCGUGGAGAACCUACAAAUGAGAAGUCUGAUGUUUACAGUUUCGGAGUUAUCCUGUGGGAACUCGUGACCUUACAACAACCUUGGAAUGGACUUAGCCAUGCCCAGGUGGUUGGAGCAGUGGCAUUCCAGAAUAGGAGACCUUCUAUCCCUCCAAACGUCUCCCCAGUAUUGGCCUCCCUUAUGGAAUCUUGUUGGGCUGAUGACCCUGCUGAUCGCCCAUCUUUUGCUAGCAUAGUUGAGACGCUAAAGAAGUUGCUAAAGUCACCAGCGGAUGCGAUAAAAAUGGGUGGAACAUAACGAGUAAGCUGCCCGUGAUUGGGUGGAGUGGAACGUUAUGAGAAUAUCGCCCAUGAUCGGAGUUUCUGUCGCUUCAAUUCGUUGGCUGUGAUUCGUUGGCUGUGUAUGGAAAUGUUAAUUAACAAGUAACCUGACCCUUGUUGGUCAUAAACUCGUAUUGAUGGAACCCUUUUGUUGUUUGCAAUUGGAUAUCAGUUGUUCUUACUAACACAUUUCACAAGGGCAAUUGAAGCCAUGAAGUCUAGUGACUAAAAAAGAAGGUGCGGAUAUGGGAUUCAUGUAAGUAGUCCUUGGAGCUCAAGCUUUUUUAUCUUAUAGCUUGAGAACUAUAAAAUAUUCAAGCACCUUGUGUCUUUUGACUUGCCUCUGAGAUAUAAUUAUUUGAAAUGUGCUUAGUUUUAGGCCUAUAAUUAUGUAAUAAUGAUUUUGAAAACUUGAAUUCCUCAAGUUGACAACCAUUAUCUCACAAAAUUUGAUGACAUAUUAGUCACUUAUUACUAGUAAGGCAAUUGAAUAUUGGUUCCUGUUUUUCUUUAUUUAAAUUUUUUUGUAAUUGCAAACCUGCAAUGACCGCAAGGAAUAAUAAAAUAGCUUUCACCGAUUUAUGUCACUA